AUGUCUCUGAAGUUGGGAAACUAUGAAGUCAAGGAUAACUUCUUUGUGGUGAGUAUUGGAGGUACUAAUGAUGCAGUUCUCGACAUUCAAUGGCUGCUAUCUCUUGUUGAGAUCACUCUCAAUCUGCAAACAAUGGAGUUGAAAUUUAUGUCUGAAGGGAACAGAGUGGUGUUACGAGGGAUGUCUAAUGGAGGCCCUCAAAUUGUUUCACUGAAGAGGAUGGAGCGGCUGGUCCGUCAUGACCAAGUGGAUAAGUCAUGGAAGGAGCAUCUGCAACACUUGGAUGAAGUACUUAGUAUUCUGGAGUCUGAGUCAUUGUUUGCUAAGGAGUCUAAGAGCGAUUUUGGAAUGGAGUUGCUUUACCUUGGCCAUAUCAUCAGCGCAAAGGGAGUUAAGGUUGAUCCUAAGAAGAUCAAGGCAAUUGUUGAUUGGCCUCCACCUGAGAACUUGACACAUCUGAAGGGGUUCUUGGGUCUAUGUGGUUUUUACAGAAGGUUUGUGAAGGGUUAUUCUCAGUUGGCUGCCCUCCACAUGGACCUCACUAAGGAGUUUUUGUAUGGUCAGAAAAGGUACAAGGACUUUUUGACAAGUUCAAGGAAAUCAUGA